AGUUGAAUUUUAGUUAACCAACAUAAAUUUGUUUAAUAAUCUGAAAUAGUGUAAGUACACUCCCUCCCGGUAGGGGGCAGAGUGCUGAGAAACAUGCACCAACAAGGAAGGAGGGCGGUAGAAACGGAAGUAAGAUCAAUAUCAACAACCUGAGUUUACAACUCAAGUCGAACUUCGCAGCAGUAGCGGAUAAUAUUUUCGAAGUUAUUGUUAUAACUUCUUACGCUUUAAUAUUGCCCGGUGCAUUAUGGGGGAAGCUUCAGCCCGUGCGCUGUGGCGGCGGUUUAUCUCUGUGCUCAAACUCAAUGGCUAGUUUGGAGAUAAGUUAGCUCACUUUCUGUCAGCUGACUGGCUUGAACUCACUUUGGCCGUCUCGGGCAGCAAACUGUCGUCUGAUAUGCUCGGAUAUUGCUUUCGGGUUAGUUUGAACACUGACGUAGGCUUAGUCAGAGAGUGUGCUCGCUGCUGUUGACGCGUCCCGGUACAGUCGUCUUUGCAAUGAUCCUGCAGCUGCUGCCACCAGUCAUCUAGCUGGCUCCUCUUCUCCUGUCCCCCCUCCCUUAAUGGCUCACUGCGGCUCCUCCGAGCCCAGCGCAAAGGUUCAGGCCCCGCACCCGGACAGCAUCCUGCCCCCACAGGGCGGCGUAGACCAGAGCAUGAAGCCGGUGCUGUUUGAGAUCUUCGGCGAGCUUUGGACUGUCCAGUCGCGUCUCGGCCAGGGAGUCUCGGCCUCGGUGUACCGGGUCAGCUCGGGCAGAGCCACUGCAGCUGUGAAGGAGUUUCAAGCCGACACUCAGGGAGGAGAUUACGGGUAUCACAAGGAGAGGUCCGUGCUGGAAGACAUCCAGGGACAUAAAAACAUCGUCACACUGUAUGGAGUGUUUACCAACCACAGCUCUAUGAGUGUCACCACACGCUGUCUUUUGCUGGAGCUCCUGGAUGUCAGCGUGUCUGAGCUGCUGGUGAGACGCAACAGUAGCACCCAAGGUGUAAGAGCCCAGCAGGGCCACUCCAUGUGGCUUGUCCAGCACUGUGCCAGAGACAUCCUCGAGGCUCUCGCCUUCCUUCACAGAGAAGGCUACGUCCACGCAGACCUCAAACCACGCAACAUCCUCUGGAGCGCUGAUGACGAGUCCUUCAAGCUCAUCGACUUUGGCCUCAGCUUCAAACAGGGAAACCAGGAUGUCAAGUACAUCCAGACAGACGGGUACCGCGCACCGGAGGCUGAGCUUCAGAACAGCCUGGCUCAGGCAGGGGUGGAAAUGGGAGACUCGGGCUGCACGGCCGCCGUCGACCUGUGGAGCCUGGGCAUCAUCCUGCUGGAGAUGUUCUCAGGAAUCAAACUCAAAGACACCGUCCGCUCACAAGAGUGGAAGGAUAACAGCGCUGCCAUUGUAGACCAUGUCUUUGCCAACAACAGCCUGGCGUGCCCUGCCAUCCCCGUCUAUCACCUCAGAGACCUUAUCAAAAGCAUGCUUGUCACCGAUCCAAAACAAAGAUGCACAGCUGAAACUGCCCUGCUGAGCCCAUUCUUCAGUAUUCCCUUUGCACCUCACAUUGAAGACCUGGUUCUGCUGCCUUCUCCUGUUCUGCGUCUGCUCAACCUAAUCGAUGACAGCCACCUGCACAAUGAGGAUGAAUACGAAGAUAUCCUGGAGGACAUGAAAGAGGAGUGCCAGAAGUACGGAUCCGUGGUUUCUCUGCUCAUCCCCAAGGAGAAUCCAGGGAAAGGACAGGUGUUUGUGGAGUAUGCCAACUCCAGCGACUGCAAAGAGGCUCAGAGGCUGCUGACAGGCCGCACCUUCGAUGGAAAGUUUGUUGUGGCUACCUUCUACCCUCUGAGCGCCUAUAAAAGAGGUUACCUCUAUCAGACUGUCCAGUGAACUUUUAAAUCCUCAAUUUACACCUCAGCAUAGUUUGCAUGUUAAAAACACAACUGCAAAGGUCACCACAAGGGAGAAGUCACCUCCCCAUAAACAUACCUGCAGUAAUGAGUAGCUGCCCUGCAGUUUAAGCUCUUUCAGAUAUGAGUGAGUGUAGUUCUGCAUGCAGUUUUCUACAGCAAAUCUGUGUUUCAUGCAGAGUGCAAACUGAGCUGUGGUGAGCCUCCGCCUUCAGUCUGUGUGCUCUUUUUAUCCAUCCAGUGCUUUAAUAUAUACUAGAUCUGUCUCAUUUAAUAUCUGUUAGCCAGAGGCUUGCGUUCUGGGGACCGCAGUGCCUGUUCGAGCUUCCGUAUCACUUUCAUUCACUCAUAAAACCUCCCAUCAGAGUUGCAAGAUGAAAAAUCACAGCUCUGCACUGCAUUUAAAAACUUCUAAAGGACAUCUCACUUGAUAAAUAUAUAAAGAGAGACUUUAUUUCAUCAGCUUUAUACUGAAUGCUGCUAAAAACAUGUAGCAGAUGUUAAGUAGUAAUUUAAAGGGAGUUUUAUGCAUCAAACUCAAAACUAAUGACAAAAACACCCUGAAAAUCACACCCCUUCAAAGUGAAAAUUUACUGUGGUGAAAGCAUUCUAUUAAUAUUGCCUAUUUAUAUAUCUUUUUAGGUUAAACGUUUUAGAGGAAAUGACUUGGUACCAGGGGAAUAUCCAGGUGUCUUCUGCCUGUUUUCAAGGAGAUAUUGUUUGACUAAUGCUUCCACUAGCUGGUAGUUUUCACGCACUAACUCACUGCCAUUAUCUGAGCAAGCCGAGGGGUCUCUGCACCCUAUCCUGUAGCCUUAUGCGUCGUAGCCUUUCAUUUAAAGCCAAUGUGCUCUAUUAUCUAUUUUGAUUAUUUUCAUUGUGUGUGAAACCCUUCAGAAAAACAUGCAGUAAGCAUAGUUGUUUUUUUUCACUGCAACACACAAGCAAGAAAAUUAAGAGAUAAAACUGAAGAACUAGUAGGUAAAUAAGUCUGUGAACAAAAAAUGGUUCCAGCAGAGGUGAAAAUGUCUUCUAACUUCCUCUGACUUGAGCCAGUGAUGUGUUCCGUUUACCUCGUAGUUUUGUAGUCCGGAGCCAAAGCAUCAACCAGAUAUUGGAUGCAGAUGUGUGCAGUGGGACAUUGGAGAAUACCCUGAACAAGUGGUGUAAAGCCACUACCUGGAGGAUAUUUGUAGCCUCUUUCUUUAUGACUUUUUUUUUAAGACAAUCUUGAGUUGGUACAGUCCGUGUUGCUGUCAUCACUGUUUUUAAAUCUUGCACAUUGUGGCUUUAAAGGCUGUGCAGUGCUGUUGCAAGGUGAAGGCUACUGUACUAACUAGAUAAAGUUUAAUAUAUGACAAGCUUCCAGUGUGCUGGUGCAUGAUCCAGGUGAUUGAUUGUACACUGCCAGCCCAGUGUUGUAGCAUCAUCAUCCUGUGGUAGCACUUUUCAUACUUCUGCCAGUUUCUUGAAAUGCUGCUUUUUGCAUGAUGAGGAAAAAAAAGAAAUCAAAACAAAACAUGUAGCCUUGAGAUAAAGAUUUCCUGGAGCCAACAAAGUUAAUAUUUUGCAUCUUUGAGCAGCAGGUUUUGGUGUUUUUGCAGUGGAAUGUGUUUUUUGUUUUCUUGGUUUUAUUCUUUUCCAUUAGUGGGUUUAUAGUAAACACCAAGACCGCUCUGAAAGUCUUUUGAAACAUCAGACAAUUUCUACACAAGUGCCCUAUGACAUUCACAGGCUAGCUAACUAACCAAAAUGCUGCAAUGACAGCUGAUUGUGCUACAGCUGCAUGUGCUUAUAGCUGAAGCCUUUGCUGAUGCCUUAUGAAAUAACCUCCGUCCAGCAGUUUUAGUGUCCACACAAAUUAAAGUGCACUGUUACCAACAA